CCUUGGUCGACCGCACUCGUUUCAUCGCUCGUUAGAUUUCGCAUCGCGGUCGAGACCAGUAUAUAGAAGCAUGUACAAUAUUAGACAUCGGUGACAUUGGGUUCGACACUUAAGAAGCUACAUUUUCGCUCAUUAUAGUCAUGGAUUACCUUCGCUCGAAUGUCCUUCGAAGAGGGCAACCCUCAGUUCCACAAACGCAGGAUUUAGAACGGGGGCGGCCAGAGACGGGAGAGCAAUCUGGUACCGGUACAAGACGUUUUCCGAUCAGUCGCCCUUCUCUGCCUGUGAUAUUUACAAAUCGGCCGCGUACAGGUGUACAAAAUCAGGGGACCGGCGAUGACACCACCGAAGAUGAGAGCCCAAAGACACCGCAUCAUGAUUCAGGAUUUCCACAGGCGCCUUCCACCCACCUUCGCGUACCGCAUUCAGCACAGGCUAGGACAGAAAGAUCCCCAAGUCCAACUUCUAGUCAGGUCUCGGCGUCUACGUCGCAAUUAUAUCCACUUCGAACACGAGCCGAACAGUUUUCUACCGUAUCUGAACCCAGACCUACGCAUAGGAGCGCUAACCGCAGAGAUACCAAUAUGGGGCGGUCGCAAUUCCGGGGCGCAGAUCCCGGGGAGACACACUUAGCCGACCAAGUAGGCAGGACGAGGCGGAAUCGUAGCCGGAGGCAGAGACACGAUGAGCGGCCUAGGAGAUUCUUAUUUUGCUUUCCCUGGGUCAAAUCACGACGAAUACGCUCCCAGAUCCUGCGGUGCUUCGUGUCUGGCCUCUUUCUAAUGGCUAUGCUCACUGUCUAUCUCGCCCUUUCGAUCACCAGAAACGUAAAUAAUAAUGAAUUUACGGUGCUUCUAAUUGUCGUCAUUUUAUCUGCAACCAUCUUCUUUUGUCACGGCCUAGUCAGAAUCUGUAUGCUCAUCAUCAAGCCGCCCAACGAAGACGAACGUCCGCGCAUGCCACAGCUAAUGGAGCCUGGUGGAUACGCUGUUCCACGGCGGCCAAUCCAUGUCAUUCUUGCACGCGACGAAGAAGUCGCAGGGAUUGAUAAUGUUGCCAACAAAUUAGAGCCUCCGGCUUAUGGGUUAUGGCGUGAGAGUGUUCGCGUUGAUCCGGAUCGCUUAUAUUGGCAGCGUAAUGACCAGGCGCCUACGACAGCGGAUGAAGAGCAACAGACUUAUCCCGAGACAGCUCAUACACGACCGCCAUCGUAUGCAUCAGAAGAUGGCGUUUCGUACGUUGUUGAGGCUCGUCCAAGAUCCAUAGCCCCUUUAACUGAUGCUCCACUUCCACCUCAUCCAUCCGAGGCUAGGCUACCUUCCACAACAGAGCGACCUUGAAAAAUGUUUGGUAAUAGGACAUAUGCAUACGCGUUCGUGAUCCCAUAUUCGGCGGAGGGUAGGCUAAAUCGGUUGAGUAGCCUAUCCGUAUAAUGGUGUAUGAUCAGAGGGAAGAAUCAAGUAUAAAAAGGAAAAGGGUUAAAGUGAGGGUCUUGUAUGUCUUAUUCAUACCAGCAUGGCGUAGUAUCUAGGUAUUAUGGGUUACAUAUGCAUACGGAGUUUGUGAUUCUAGCACCGGCGCCAGGGAGCGCGGGUUAAUAUUGCUUUAUACAUUGGAAAUAUUCACUACCUCCUAAUCGAGUCCUUUUCUCUCACUUGGGCGCAUGCCGACGCUUUUAGUAAGCAGUAUGUGCGAUACGUUAGAUAUAUUUUCUACCCGUGUUCUUGCUUUUUUACACAUCUCUCACGAGGUGCUUUUUUUGCAUAUUCUCUUUACUAAUAGGUAAUAUUCUAAUACAUCAAGCGUCUAUAUAAGUUCAUAAUAAUUGGAUAUCUAGUCUAUUUAGUGCAGAAACCUAUUUUAGAAAUUAAAACCUACCUAGGUAGGUAGGUACACAUUACAAACUGCUUCUACGUUUUUUUUGAAACAUGUCUAUUUGGGGUUUGCACUUAUAAUGUCUGGAAGUCAGUCAAAUCACUUCGAAGUCCUGAUCUUUGCGUCAUGAUCUCCCAGAUGUUAACGCACAUCG